CCCCGCGCGCGCGCGCGCCCCCGCGAGGACCGGCGGCGGCUGCGGCGGCGGCCACGUAGCGCUGCGGCGGCGGCGGCGGCGGCGGCGGCGGCCGAGGGGCAGCGGGAGCCGCGUCCGCCCGCGGCGGCAGCGCCUGGGCCUGAGCGCCGGCCCCCCCUCCCACCCCCGGGCCGAGGCAGCGGCGGCGGCGGCCGGCGGAGCGCGGGGGCCGAGCGGAGGGGCCGGAGGGAAGGCACGGAGGGAGGGAGGGAGGGCCCCGGCCGCCCUGCCCUCCGCCCUCCGCCGCCGCGCCCGCCCGCGCCCCCCUCCCCGCGCCGCCCGGCAUGGACGGCGGCGGGGGCGGCCCCGAGGGCACCGGCCUGGAUAAAAUGCUCGAGGGCUCCGCUUCCUGCCGAAGAUCCCUCCCCGCCCUGCCCCUGCCGUGAUCCCGACCCCGCUCCAGCCCCUCCAGGACCCCCGAGGCCGCCGGGCUCCGAUGGAAGAGGCGCCGGGCCGGAGCAGCCGCCCCGAGCCGCAGCCCCGCGGGCCGGAGGGCGCCCCAUGAGCCCCCCCAGAUGAGCCAGGCAGCCAAGGGCGAGCCCCCCGGGGCCGGCAUGGCGCAGGAGGGGCCGCCCGCCUUCUACCCCGGCCAGGAGCUGGACCUGUCCACCAAGGUGUACAAGAGGGAGUCAGGGAGCCCCUUCUCGGUGCUGGUGGACAGCAAAGUGAGCAAAGGCCACCUCCACGAGAGGGAGGAGCAGCCGUUUUUCAGGGAGAGCAGAGCGGUAGGAGAGGUCCGGGCUGUGAAAGAAGACAGGGAAAACUCUGACGACUCUGAGGAGGAGGAAGAGGAGGAAGAUGAAGUGACUUACAAAAGGGAGCAGAUUAUAGUGGAGGUAAACCUUAACAACCAAACCUUAAAUGUGUCCAAAGGGGAGAAGGGUGUCCCCUCCCAGUCCAAAGAGACUGCUGUCCUUAAGAGCAGCAGUGAGGAAGAGGAGGGUGACAGUGGGGAAGAGGCCACGGAAGACAGUAACGAUUACGAGGAGAACGAGAGGCAGAAGAAAAAGGAGAAAAGAGUGGAGAAGGUUAGUGUUGGCCAGAGGAGAAGCAGGAGAGCCGCCUCCGCCGCGGCCGCCGCCGCCUCGCCGGCGCCCCGAGCCACGCGGGGCCGCAGGAAGAGCGCGGAGCCCCCCAAGAGGAAGAAGAAAGCUGCAAAGGAGCCCAAGGCACCUGUGCAGAAAGCCAAGUGCGAGGAGAAGGAGACUCUGACCUGUGAGAAGUGCCCCAGGGUGUUUAACACACGCUGGUACCUGGAGAAGCACAUGAACGUCACCCACAGGCGGAUGCAGAUCUGCGACAAAUGUGGGAAGAAAUUUGUGCUAGAGAGUGAGCUGUCCCUGCACCAGCAAACUGACUGUGAAAAAAACAUCCAGUGCGUGUCCUGUAACAAAUCCUUCAAGAAGCUCUGGUCGCUCCACGAGCACAUCAAGAUCGUGCACGGCUACGCCGAGAAGAAAUUCUCCUGCGAGAUCUGCGAGAAGAAGUUCUACACCAUGGCCCACGUGCGCAAACACAUGGUCGCGCACACCAAGGACAUGCCCUUCACCUGCGAGACCUGCGGCAAGUCCUUCAAGCGCAGCAUGUCCCUCAAGGUGCACUCCCUGCAGCACUCCGGGGAAAAGCCCUUCCGCUGCGAGAACUGCGACGAGCGGUUCCAGUACAAGUACCAGCUGCGCUCGCACAUGAGCAUCCACAUCGGGCACAAGCAGUUCAUGUGCCAGUGGUGCGGGAAGGACUUCAACAUGAAGCAGUACUUCGACGAGCACAUGAAAACUCACACCGGGGAGAAGCCGUUCAUCUGCGAGAUCUGCGGGAAGAGCUUCACCAGCCGGCCCAACAUGAAGCGUCACCGCCGGACGCACACGGGGGAGAAGCCGUACCCGUGCGACGUCUGCGGCCAGCGCUUCCGCUUCUCCAACAUGCUCAAGGCGCACAAGGAGAAAUGUUUCCGUGUCACCAGCCCCGGCGGCAGCCCCGGCCCCGCCGCGCUGCCCCCCGGGCCCUGCCCGGCCCCCGCCGCCGCCGCCGCCGCCGCCGCCGCGCUGGGGCUGGGCCCUGCGGCGCCGCCGCGCCCGCUGCCGCACCCAUACGGAGCCCUGGCGCUGGCGCACGCGCAGCACCCGCAGCACCCGCAGCACCCGCAGCACCUGCCCGUGCCCCCCGUGCCGCACCUGCCGCCGCCCCCCGCCCUCUUCAAGAGCGAGCCCCUCAACCACCGUGGCCACGGCGGCGACGGCUUCCUGCGGCACCUGGACAAGGGCGGCGCCGCGCAGCCACACUGAGACAGCCGCGGCAGCCGGGACGGGAACCGGGAUGGGAAACGGGACGGGAAACGGGAUGGGAGCGGUGCCGGGAGCUGUGCCAGGAGCUGUGCCGGGAUCUCAACCGGGAGCUGUGCCGGGAGCUGUGCUGGGAGCUGUGCCGGGAGCUGUGCCAGGAUCUGCUCUGGGAUCUGCUCCAGGAUCUGCACCGGGAUCUGUGCCAGGAUCUGCUCCAGGAUCUGCUCCGGGAUCUGCUCCUGGAUCUGUGCAAGGAUCUGUGCUGGAAUCUGUGCCAGGAUCUCUGCCGGAAUCUGUGCUGGGAUCUCUGCCGGGAUCUCUGCCGGGAGCUGCUCUGGGGUCUGUGCCGGGAUCUGCUCCCGGAUCCAGGAUGGGAUCCAGCCCCUGAACCGUGGCGAGCGCUCCCUGCGGCGCCUGGACGAGGCACGGCCACGCCGAGACGCUCUGGGAUCUGGGAGCCGGGAUCCAGCUUUGGGAUCUCGGCUCCGGGAUGGGAUCUGGGAUGGGAUCGAGUCCCAGCCACGGCUUCCUGCGGCGCCGGGAUCCGGGAUCUGAGUUUGGGAUCUCUGUGCUGCCGCCCCACACGGUGCUUGGGAUCGGGGAUUGGGAUCUGGGCUGGGAUCGAGGCCCCCCGGGCACGGCCCCGCUGCCGCGCUCCGGGACGGGAUCCAGCUCUGGGAUCUGGGCUUGGGAUCCAGGAUCUGCCCUCCCGCUCCCCCACAGCGCACCUGGGAUCUGGGAUCCAGCUUUGGGAUCCAGGAUCCAGUGUUGGGACCUGAGAUCUGGCUUUGGGAUCCGGGAUCCAGUGUUGGGAUCCGGGAUCUGGCUUUAGGAUCCGAUCUGGGUCUGGGAUCCGGGAUCCAGCUUUGGGAUCUGCUCUGGGAUCCUGGAUCCUGGAUCUAGCUUUGGGAUCCGGGACCCAGCUUUGGGAUCCACUCUGGGUCUGUGUUCCGGGAUCCAGCUUUGGGAUCCACUCUGGGAUCCGGGACCCAGCUUUGGGAUCCGGGAUCCAGCUUUGGGAUCCGCUCUGGAUCCGGGAUCCUCCUCCCCCGUCCCACCCCGCUCUGGGCCGAGCUCUGUCCCCCCUCCCCAGGACUGGGAUCCCCCCUCCCCAAUCCGCGUUUUCCCGGUGAUUUUUUCGGAUCCCGGUGGAUCCCGGUGGAUCCCGUGCCGGGGGCGGGUGGAUCCCGGCGGGAUUUUCUAAUUUCCUAUCAGCUGACGAGGUUUGCUUGGCUUUUAUAUCCCGGCCCCUCCUCAAAGAGGAGCGGGCGCGGGGCCCUUUGUACUAACGGGAAAGGCUGUGAGUUCGUUAAUACAGAGCGUUAAUGAGCACUGCGUGCGUCCUGCUUCCUUCCAGAACCUUCCACAACCUUCCACAACCUUCCACAACCUUCCAGAACCCGGAGUUGCCCCUCCCCUCCAAAAAAAAAACCAAACAAAAAAUGAGGAAAAAAGCAAAAAAAAAAAAGAAAAAAAAGGAAAAAAAAAAUUA